ACCAGCAAAAUGUUGUUGUUAUUCUAACAGGCCCACAUAUGUACAUACGUUUUGAUGUGACAAAUCUUAAGUAACCCCCUAAAAUAGGCCUAGUGACGCCACUGGGGACACCAGAAACCACAUAUUAGCAAGAAGAAUUGAAACCACUUCACACUUUUUGCAUAACUACAUUUCUCCCUGAACCUGUCCUGCAUUAUCUUUUAGAACAUACAGCGUAUGUCGGCUUCUGAACUAGAACAAAAAUAAAGUGUCCAAAAAGGUGUGCGUCAGAGGGCCAGUGAUGACGGGUUAAAGAGAAGAGGGUACUAUCAGGUGUCGGUUACCACAGCAACACACACAAGCAUGUAGUGGACGGGGAACACACUUCACGAUCGGCACCUUUUUAAAGUUUCACAUUCUAUAGAAAAGAGAAGGGGCGUGGUCUAAAGGUUUUGGGGAAUGUGCACACACACACACACACACAUGCACACACAUAAAUAACAAUCACUGCUCCUUCCUGUUUUUCUGGUUCCGUCUUCCCACAUGCCAGACGGAACAAGCAAGCAGCACUCUCAAGGAUUUUGAGGAGGUGUUUUUUUUUUUUUUUAAUAUUAGUGUUGUGACGUGCCGUGUGUGUCAGUGGCCAUGGGGGCCGAUGGGGGGGUGUGCCUUUGAAAGCAGACUCACCGGCACUCACUGUCAGCUAAGCCGACCUGACCGACCGGAUCACUCCUGAUGGGCGUCAGGGAGAAACCCGAACCCCCGAGCUCUGCCGAAGAAGAGUAGACGCCAAUCAGAUGCAGAAAAAGCAUGGAGGCAUUCAGACAUUCUUUUCUGCAUUUGACUUUUCAGAUGUCGACAUACAAGAGAGCCACGCUGGAUGAGGAGGACCUGGUGGACUCCAGCGGGGACGAUGUGUACCAGUCGACACCUAUGCAGGUGACUCUUCUGCAGGGGCGCGGCCUUUCUUGUUGGCCAGACAGAACGUCGCAGGAGAGGAGGCUUUUGUUUCUAGUGUGUGUCCUGUCUGUGGGCCUUUUCGUAUCCCUCAUCACAACCGCUGUUUUCUACAGGCAGACUCACCCGGGUAUGUGUCUGACGGAGUCGUGCAUCACAGUGGCCAGUGCAGUCACAUCAGCCCUGGAUCGCUCUGUGGACCCCUGCCAUGAUUUCUACAAUUUUGCAUGUGGGGGCUGGAUGAAGCACAACCCCCUACCUGAAGGCAAGUCCCGCUGGGGGCCUUUCAGCAACCUGUGGGAGCACAACAUGCUUGUCAUGAAGCAUUUGUUAGAGAACACAACAAUGAAAGGGCUGAGUCAAGCUGAGGAAAAAGCGCAGCGAUAUUAUCAGGCCUGCAUGAACGAGACCAAGAUCGAGGAGUUAGGAGCAAAACCACUACAGGAACUUAUCACGCAGAUCGGAGGAUGGGCCCUGACCGGAUCCUGGGAUAAAGACAACUUCCAGGAAGUUCUCUGUACGGUGUCGGCAAACUAUCGCACCUCGCCUUUCUUCACUGUAUUCGUCAGCACCGACUCCAAGAACUCAUCCAGUAACAUCAUCCAGGUGGAUCAGUCCAGUCUGGGUCUACCGUCACGGGAUUACUACCUCAACAAAACAGCCAAUGAAAAGUAUCUAACGGCAUACCUGAACUUCCUGGUGGAGUUAGGCGUCCUUCUGGGGGGCUCAGAGGAGACGUCUCGGCUUCUUAUGGGGCAGAUUGUGGACUUUGAAACGACCCUGGCCAACAUCACAGUCCCCCAGGAAGAGCGGCGGGACGAGGAGCUCAUCUACCACAAAAUGGAGGCCAAAGACUUGAAGACUUUGGCUCCUGCAGUGGACUGGAUGCCCUACCUCAACAAAGUAUUUGCUCCGGUGCCACUCACUGAGUCAGAGCCAGUGGUUGUGUAUGCCAAAGAAUACCUCCAGAAAGUAUCUGACCUCAUCAAAAACACAAAUAAAAGCCUUCUCAACAACUACAUGAUCAUGAAGGUGGUGAGGAAGAUGGUGUCCAUCUUGGAUCAGAGGUUUCAGGAUGCAGAGCAGCGCUUCCUAGAGGUCAUGUAUGGGACUAAAAAGAGCUGCACUCCUCGCUGGAAGCUGUGCGUCAGCGACACAGACAGCGGCCUGGGCUUUGCUCUAGGCGCCAUGUUCGUCAAAGACACCUUCGCCGAAGACAGCAAGGCCAUAGCCGAGGACAUGGUGGGAGAAAUCAAAAGGGCGUUUGAGGACAGCCUGAAGUAUGUAAACUGGAUGGACGCUGACACAAAAAAGGCAGCAAAAGAGAAGGCAGAUGCUAUUUACAAUAUGGUUGGAUAUCCGGAGUUCAUCAUGAACACCACAAAGCUGGACAAAGUGUUCAAUGAUUUUGAGGUGGUGUCAGAUCUUUACUUCCAAAACGUCAUGCAGUACUACAACUUCUCAGCCAGGGUGACAGCGGACCAGCUGAGAAAAACUCCAAAUAGAAAUCAGUGGAGCAUGACCCCCCCAACAGUGAAUGCAUAUUACAACCCCACCAAGAAUGAGAUGGUACUACCGGCGGGAAUUCUUCAAACUCCGUUCUACAGCCGAUCCUGGCCUAAAGCUCUGAACUUUGGUGGCAUCGGGGUCGUCAUGGGACACGAACUGACCCAUGCUUUUGAUGACCAAGGGAGGGAAUAUGACAAGGAUGGCAACCUGCGCUCCUGGUGGAAGAACUCGUCUGUGGAAGCCUUCAAGAAGCAGACUCAGUGCAUGGUGGAGCAGUACGGCAAUUACAGCAUCAACCAGGAGCCUCUGAAUGGAAAACACACACUGGGAGAGAACAUUGCAGACAAUGGUGGCCUCAAGUCUGCCUACAAGGCUUAUGUGAACUGGAUCGAGAAGAACGGAGAGGAGGCCACGUUGCCUGCCUUGGGAAUGACCAACCACCAGCUGUUUUUUGUGGGAUUUGCACAGGUGUGGUGCUCUGUUCGGACACCCGAGAGCUCACACGAAGGCGUCAUCACCGAUCCCCACAGUCCAUCCCGAUUCAGAGUCAUUGGGACCAUCUCCAAUUCACACGAAUUCUCAAAGCACUUUGGCUGCAAAGCAAACGCACCCAUGAACCCCAAACACAAAUGUGAGCUUUGGUAGUGCCUCCAAAAAGGGAUCGUGGGGGAAGCCGACCGUGAAGGGGUACGCCAAGAACCACUAACAAGCCUGCCUGCCUGCCUUAGAGGCCUUCUUGCCAGGACUUAACACGCCUGCUGUGCCUUUGGAUGAUGAUUGCAUCUCUAGCUUCCCUAAAGGCCUGCUGAGGUUGAAUGUUUCCCAUAAAUGUUUUUUUUUUUAACACUGGAAAUAGACAUUUAAGGAUGAGGGGAAACUCACACUUUCUAAACCGCCUGGAUUAGGUCACAUAAAGUAACUCCCCCCACUGAUGUUUAUUUUAUCUGGCACCUUCUGGUUUCCCAGACCUUUUUCAGGACACAUACAGCAUGUCAAUGAAAUACAACAAAUGACAUUUACGACAAGAAAUGGUGUUCUUAAAGUGUACUCGUGAUUGGCCUACAUCCCAUUUUGUGCUCUCAUGCUCAAUUUUUACUUGUACUCUUGUUUUAUUUAUGUCACAUAUGUAACACUGAACAGGGGACCAAUGUGUUUUUUAGCCCGCUGAAAUACAAAUGUCCACUUAAAGAGCAUUUAAAAGCCAUAUAUAACCAGAAUGUAUAGAAUGAUGGAUUCUAUUGCAAGUAUUACGCGGGAAAAAGAUGCACUGUUUUUGGAUUUGUGUACAACAUGGUCUAGCGGUUUUAUUUUUAGUGGGAGAACUUUGCUGCCCUAAAUAUUUAACGACAAAGCCACUUUUGGACUGGUUGAAAACAUACAGAAAGAAUGUAAAAAGCAUUUUUUUUUAAAAAAAAAAAAGCUGCUGAGAUUGUUUUGAAUUGUUUUGCAGUCACAACCAAAAUAAACCACUAUGAUAUGUAUCACUUGUAGUUUGUGUGACAAAUUAUUUUGUAUAA